AUGAGCCCGGAUGCUGCUAAGGGGUCGUCGAUACCCCCACAUGUGGUGAGGGUAGCCACAAUGGAACCGUAUGUGGUGAUGGCACCGGAUGCAUCACUGACAGGUCAGGUGAUGUGUGUUGUUGCUGCCACCACCACCACCUCAAUGUCACCUCCAGAUGGCUCCCUCAAAUUUUCUGCAAAGGAAAACAAUGAUAUGAAUCCUGUAUACGUAACCGAAAAGCUCAACAUGGAGUCAGCAGAUUGUCCCGAAGUCAAGGAAGAAGUUGAAGAAGAGCAGUGUUGUAUUGACAUGAGUUCUCCAUGGAUCGCAUGCGGGGCAGUGGCAGCUGGUGAACCGCUAACGGACCCACUGUCUACCGAAGGAGGCCAGGCGGGCAGCAGUGUGGGAGGCCUGGCAGAGAUUUCCUCAGGAGCAUUAGCUGCCGUGCAACAGUUGGCAGACAAUUUAAUUCCCCACGGACGCCAGGCAAAUGAAGUUGCAGGCAGGGAAGGAAGGAAUACCAUAAAAGUCAAAGAAACUAGAUUGGAUGGAACUCCUGAAUUGCAGGAGGCCAAUCAUGAAACACCCUUCACCAUGAGUUCAGUGAAGCAAGAACACGGCAGACAAACUGACCACGGCUUGUACCCUGACACCGUGACACCAAGACUUCGAAUGACUACCACUCUGCCUGAGAGUGCAAAGACCGGAGAUGACGGGCCACAGUGGAGAAGCCCGCACUCGCGUCCUCCGGACGUUCUCCCACUGUUGGACGUCAGCAGGGCACGUGACGACGUUUCCCCCGGCAGUGCGAAAGAGCGAGAGUCUCUCGGGCAUCCCGAGGUGCAGUGCGGCGACGCGCCCGGUCCGAAUGCCGAUCCGGAUGCCCAAACUGGCGACGGGCAGUACUUCUGUACCGACUGCGGGAAGUCGUUCGGGAAGCUGGUGUACCUCAAAGUCCACACGCGCAUCCACGCGGGCAGGCAAUCCUACAGCUGCGAGUCCUGCGACAGGGUGUUCGCGACGUUUGCCCAGUGGCAGACCCACUCGCGCGUGCACACGGGCGAACGGCCGUACGGCUGCUCGUCCUGCGAGAAGGCGUUCCGGACGAAGGCGAAGCUCGCGUACCACGAGCGUUCGCACCACGGCGAGCGGCCGUUCCCCUGCACCGUGUGCGGGCUGUCCUUCAGGACCCGAGUCAACCUCAGGCUCCACGUGUGGACGCACACCGGAGACACUCCCGGAUCCCCCGAAAGCUCUCGUGCGGACUCUGCCUCGUUCGCGUGCUCCGUCUGUGGGAAGUCGUUCAAGUCGAAGACAAAACUGACGUACCAUUUACGCACCGGCUGUCUGUUAGGCACGUACACACCUCUCCUCGAAUUGUGUCGCAACGGUGACAGUGAGUUUGUGGAUACCUGA